CCGGUGACUGUUUUGAAAGAAACUUAACAACCAUUUUGCAAGCUAUUCUCCAUAUUUUUGAUUAUGAUAUUUAGAAAGACUAUUAAAAGCUCUUUUUUCAAAAUAAUGAAACUUUUACUUGUGGGGGAAAUUGUUAUUAUGAUUAAUUAGAAACAGGACAUUGUGUCGUCCAAUUCAGUCUGUAAUCAUACUCGUGAUUAACAAAUCGGACUCCCGCCUCGCGGUCAUCCGAUUUUGUUAAUCACUCGUGUGAUUACAGACCGAAUUGGACUCCACUCAGUCCUAUUACCGUUAUUAAUUGUUUCUGUGACUGUCUUAUAGGGAGGGUAGUAGUGUUAGUACGGGUCUGUAAGGGGUUGCUGGAAACUCAGUCAUCAGUUAUUUCAACGUCCAUUUCUAGCAAAUAGCCAAUCACUGCAGCGUAAAAUCACUAUAGUGAACCAAUCAGAAUCGAGAAAAUGCGCGGGAAAGUAGCGAACACCAAUUCACACGUUUCAUUUUCGCGGUUAGCUGUGUUACCCGUGUUGUGUGAAUAAGUUUUAUACUUGUAGGGCUGGACAAACAUUGAACAUAAAUUCUGAAUGUUCCCAGUUGAAGGGUAAUUGAGGGUAGAGACAACUGCUAUUUUUUUUACCUGGAUUCGUCUUUUUCUUCUCAUCUGAACAGCUAUGGACACUAUGCUGAAGGCACUGGCUCGGUGCUGAAGAUGGCGGAUAUUGAUGACACAGAGAUCUUCGAGAGAUACAGAGAUCUCACGGAUGACCAAAGCAAAUUGGAGCUGUUGUCUGUGUUGAAGUUAAGAUACUUUACUCCGCGCGAGGUGGCCAAUCUGCAUGGUUUUCCGUCUGACUUUUGCUUUCCCACUUCCGUGUCCGUCAAACAACAGUAUCGCCUUCUGGGAAACAGCCUGAAUGUUCACGUUGUGUCUGAGUUACUGAACUGUCUCUUCCAGUCUCCCACGUGACACAAAAGACAUACUAUUUUGAAGUUGGCAUUUAUGGGCAUUCCGUGGCCAAAUCCUUCGGCAAAUUUGCAGCUACUGUCGCCACAAGUCAACCUUUGCUUAUAAAGUCCUUCGUUUAUUUAGCUCCCUCGAGCGAAUCAGCAACGAAGUCGCAAGCGUGAAGCGGCGAAACCAAUAGCCAGGGAAGAAUUAUUGGAAAGGACUUUUAGAAAUUCAAAUUUGCAGCCCGCGAUUUUAGUUUAUCUGUUUCUUUCACGAGCGUUUCCUGACUCCGCUUUUUACACUUGGAAUCUUGUCGUCGAAAAUAGAACACUGGCGCUGCCAUGUCAAGCGAUCGACGUAACUUCCUCCUAAAAACAACCAAUCGCUAGGAGGGGGUUGGGGUGGACAACUCCUUGGUUCAUGCUUACAGCACUGCCAUGAUUGCUGUAAGCUGAACUGAAUAUAAACAGAACUUGAAUUCUUUUCUGGGGUUCCUCAGUGGGAGAAUCCACGAUGCUAUCAAGGCACAACCGUACAAGACUUAGUUGUAAUAAUGUUAAUUUUUGAAAAGUUACACGGCUGAUGAGAAAAGAAAAGCAAGCAAAAAAGAGAAUAACGUUUCGGUUGUCAGUCUUGCACGAUGUUAUGCGAGAUGUAACGUGCAACGGAAAAAUUAAUUUAUGCUGUUGUUGAAACUAUAAAAUACAAUACAUCAGAACUAAAGUAAUCGCUCUUACAGUGGGGUAUUAGGUAAUCACGUGGGCUAUUCGAUUUAUCUCCUUCCUAGGUCUUCAGAGAUCUGGGAACGAGAAUAUUGAACGCGCUGGAUAAAUUUGUUCAAAUUUAAUUUUAAACGGGGUCAUCCGGAGGUCUCGCAAGGUCUCACAUGAAUAGCUUGAUACCUGUAAGGGAACAAUAUAAAACAAUUGCAAACAACAAAAAAAAUGCCCCUAGCCCCAAACCAAUAACAGCUUCUGCACACAAUAGCAGCACAGGGAAGCUGCUACACUAUUUCAAAUCUCCCAGUUCAUUCUAAAGUACAUUGCCCGUGCGUACCAAGAUUGGUAGAAUCCCGGGAGGAAAGGGGCACUCUCAUAUAAAAAAAGACGGGGGUGGGGGAGGGGGGGCUCGUCGGAAGGGGUACCAAGAUCCUGUUUUGUGGCCUUGAUUUUUUUUUAUUUACCCCUAAGAGGUACCAAUCCUAAAGCAAGACGUUAUCUUCUGUCAGAUUUUUUUCGGCUCAAUAAUGACCUUAAGAUCGAGGUUUUUCAGCAUUUCCCGCAAACCGUGAACGUCAAGAAGUCACGUGACCAGUGCGUUGGCGUCAGGUUUGCAGUUUGAGGUUCACUUUUGUACGGCUAGACCACGUUCUAGAGAUAGGUGAUUUACCGCAAGGUUUUUUGCAGCCUAAAACAACAAUCCCACGUU